AUGGCCUCUCCUUUGGCGGAUCCAAUCACAUUUGCCAUAAUCGGAGUUGGACUAAUCGGACCUCGCCAUGCUCAAAGCGUUGUAAAGUCGAGCAGUGCAUCACUGGUGGCCAUCUGCGAUCCUCUUGCCCACGGAGCAGCACUAGCCACAGAACUAGAUGUUCACCACUUCGAAACGAUCUCGGAAAUGCUUGCGUCUGUCCAUAAACCCGAAGCAGCUAUCAUUUGCACGCCAACCCACACACACGUUGCCAUUGCCAAAGAACUCUCAAGUGCAGGUGUUCAUGUACUCAUCGAGAAGCCUUUCAGCUCCGAUAUCCAGAGCGGCAAAGAACUCCUGGCACACCUCGAGGCUUCAGGUGUAAGGUCUUUGGUUGGCCAUCAUCGCCGGUUCAAUCCUUACAUGGUCACUGCCAAAGACAUCAUUGCUUCAGGGGCUCUAGGCGAUAUCGUCGCUAUCAAUGGUUUAUGGACUACUUUCAAGCCGCUAGAAUAUUUUGACGCUCCUGGCGAGUGGCGGCGUGGUGAAACAGGUGGUGUGGUGUUGAUCAAUCUUGUCCACGAGAUUGACCUGCUACACCACAUGUUCGGCCCUAUCGCGCGCGUGCACGCCGAAAAAACAAUCUCGAGGCGUACAUUUGACGCUGAAGAGGGUGCAGCAUUGACUCUGCGAUUCACAUCCGGCGUCGUGGGCACAUUCAUCCUAUCCGACAACUCUCCAUCGCCCUACAACUUUGAAGCCGGUACGGGCGAGAACCCUCUGAUACCGCAGUCUGGAAUGGACUUCUACCGUGUGUUUGGCUCAGAAGCUUCUCUCAGUGUGCCUGACAUGACAAUAUGGUCAUUUCGAGGCACCGCAAAGUCGUGGCAUUCGGAGAUGGUCAAAGAUACUGUUGCUGUGGCUGAAGGUGUUCCAUUUGACCUCCAACUGCAACAUUUUAUUAACGUCGUUCAUGGUGCGGAAAAACCUAGCUGCUCGGCCCAGGCGGGAUUGGCGACUCUGGUUGUUUGCAGUGCGAUCAAAGAGGCGUUGGACAACAACUCGACAGUGGAAAUAGAAAAGUACGAUUUAUGA